AUGGAUUCUCAGAAUAGGAUUUCAGAAUUCAGCAGAAGAGCGGGAUGUCAGAAAGCCAUGUCAGAAUUGGAUGUCAGAAUGCAGCAGAAGGAUGGGGUCUCAGAAAGGGAUAAUGGGAUGUCAGAAUGGGAUGCCAGAAUUGGAUGUCAGAAUGCAACAGGGUGGGAUGUCAAAAUUGGAUGUCAGAAUGCAGCAGAAGGAUGGGAUGUCAGAAUUGGAUGUCAGACUUGGAUGUCAGAAUGGAAUUCUAGAAUGGGAUCAGAUCCUAAUGGUGACAAUGAUGGCGAUGAUGAUAAUGAUGAUAAUGAUGAUAUUGAUGAUGAUAUUAAUGGUAAUGAUUAUGAUGGCGAUGAUGAUGAUGAUUGA